CGCUCUCGGAUGUAGUUCUGUGUUUGCUGCCCUGACAUCGUUUUUGGAGGGGUCGCAUGCCAGGGAUUGGUAGCUCAGAAGGGUAAGAGAGAAAAACUAGGAGCUGCAACAUGACUUCUUUUGAACCAACCGUGUUGGUUGUGGCUUUACUCUGCAUCUUCACCGUCUACAGCGGCCCGACAGGUAUCCAUUUGCGCAACAUGGAAAGCUUCAUCCAAGCCGUGCAGCAAGUUGAAGACUCCAACCCCGGCUUAUGCCCACUGGCCAUGGUCAGAGCCCUGAGGAGGACCGCUGGUCACGAUGAUGCGAUGACCGUCCAUUUCUUGGGCGUGUCACAUAACCUCAGUGACUCUGAGGUUCUAGAUAAAGCCAUUCUAAAUGCAACAUCCUUCAGCUUUUUUGAUAAGGCCAUCCACCACAUUGUGACGGACCACGGAGAGGAGCGAGGAGUGGUUCUCACGCCGGACGGCACCACGGUAGCACUUGCACCCUUAUUGUUGGGAAUUGAGUCAGGACUGAAGGGCAAGAUAGAGGGAACGGAAGCUGUUGGGAUCUUCCCUCUCACCCUCGGCAGGAUACUGGGUUUGUCAUUCCUCAGCCUCCAGGACUUCCCACCCUCUGUUCGUCUGGGGCCUAACGGGUGCUGGGACAGCGUGGAGCGUCCCAAGGUGUUCAGGUUGUCUCGUCCAGCUACUUUGGCCACAGAUUCCAUUAUCAAUGGGGGCAUGGAUGGGAUUAUCCUGGGCAUGGACCUCUCUAAACUGCCUGCAUCUGGACAUCCAAAGGCCCUGAGUGUGAUUUUAAAAGAAUACUAUAGCUUCAUUUUGCACGGGCAGCAGGGCCUUGAUGAUGUGACCAGUCAUGUUAGCCCGAGGAGACGGGAGUUAUCGAGAUCCCUUCUGGAGUCACUGGAUCUCCAGGGUCAAGUGAUGGAAACACUGAAUUUGGUCUGGAAGUUGGAGGAGACGGAAUGGAUUGCUAUGGAUACAGGAGUGGAAAAGGCGGUGAAGGAUGGACUGGAUACGUUCGUGCACAAGUACUGGGACUGCCCUCAAGUCAUUCCUCGGUGUCAGUGGGGGGCAAAGCCCCGCCGGGGCACGCCCAUCCCGUUGUCCCUCCCCCUCCAGUAUCUCUACAUCCAUCACACCUACGAACCAUCGUCGCCCUGUUUGUCUUUCCCAAACUGCUCUCGUGACAUGAGAUCCAUGCAGCGCUACCACCAGGAAGACCGCGGCUGGAGUGACAUCGGAUACAGCUUUGUGGUCGGCUCCGACGGCUACAUCUACGAGGGCGUCGGUUGGAACCAGGUGGGCAGACACACCAGGGGACACAACUCCGUCGGCUACGGCGUGUCAGUCAUCGGUAACUACACUUCCACGCUGCCGUCUCGCCACGCCCUGAACCUGCUGCGCCAUCGACUGGUACGGUGCGGCGUGGCCGGAGGAGGACUGGCGGCCAACUUCACCAUCCACGGCCACAGGCAGGUGGUGAACUACACCUCCUGCCCCGGGGAUGCCUUCUUUUCAGAGAUAAGGAGCUGGGAACACUUCCAGGACUAACAGAACCUCCACUGCCAGAUUUAGUUUAU